ACUUUGGUUUUUUCAUUUCGACGAUGCUCAGCCGCUUUGCCCUCCGCUCCGCCACGGCCGCGCGCCGCUCGGCCUUGAAGCCCCUCGGUGCUUCGUUCCACACGGGUGCCCUCCGCCUUAAGGAAGAGAAGGAAGGCGAGGUCGCCGUUGCCGCCGAGAACCACGACGGCGUCUUCCAGAAGAUCGGCCUCGAUGACUGGAAGAUCUCGAUGCCGCUUGUGCUUGCGUGCUCGAUCCCUGCGCUCAGCAACGGCUUCUAUGAGCUCGGCGCCGAGUCGCAGUUGGCGUGCUGCUUCCUCCUCUUCUGCACGUCGGCCUACAAGUUCGGCGGUGAUGCCGUUGGCUCGUACUUCGAAGCCCGCGCCAACGCUAUCUUGGCUGAGCAGAACGCCGUCGAAGAUGCCAACUUGGCCGUCGCCAAGGAGACGUUGAAGGCCCACGAAGCCAUCUUGACCAUCCGCAAGGACAUUGAUGCCUUGGGUGUGGCCCACGAGGAGGCUCUUGCCUUGAUGUGCCGCGUCCAGUCGCAGAAGUUGCGCCACAAGACGCGUGAUGUCUACGUCAAGAACUUGGAGGCCAUCCACAACUUGGAGCAGAGCUACAACCAGCAGCUCCAGGAUGCCAUGAUCUCGCAGGCUGCCGAAGCCGUCCGCUCGCAGUUCGCGUCGGGCAAGAAGGCCGUCAAGACGGAGGCGUUCCAGAUGGCGCUUGACGUCUUGUCGGAGAAGCCCGACGACAACAAGCAGGACCCCGUCGCCGCCGCCUUUGGCAAGGAGCUCCGCGCGUUCGCUGAGAACCUCGAGAAGCAGCAGGGCACGGUUGUCAAGCUCUCGGAGGACGAGCACAAGCAGUUGCAGGGCGAAUUGGACGCCUUCCUCAAGCGCCUCGAUAUCCACAACGGCGACGUCAAGGCGCCCACGGAGAUCAAGAUGGAGUUGAUCUAAAGAGUAGACGACAACUCGUACUAGUACCUGGCUUCUUGUCUCGCGGCUUGGUUUGUGGCCCGGUCAAUAUAUUGAUGAGAGAUGAUUGUGAUCUACUAUUACAUUAUGACUAAUGUUUCUUGGUGCAUGCGUA